AUGGGUCGUUCCCGCAGUAGAUCGCUUUCCAGUGGUCAUAAGUCUAAGCACAGACGGUACCGCAGUCGUUCACGUGAUCGAAUUAAAGAGCGUGACAGAUAUAGAGAUAAGGAACGUGAGAGAGUGAAGCCAAGGGGAAGUGAAAGAUCAUAUCGUGACCAUCAUCGUCAUGACAGGCGACGCAGGAAAAGGAGCUCAUCAGCCUCAAGCUAUGGCAGUGAAGUAGAAAGAAGAAAUCGGAAGUCCAGGAUGAAGGAAAUUGACCGGAAAAUAGAAGAGGCACGCAGGAGAGAAGAGACUGAAAAGCGUGCUCAAGAGCAACGAGAAAAGGAGAAGCGAUUGCACGAAGAACGUGAACGGGAAGCAGAACAAGCUAGACAGUUGGAAGCUCGAGUCAAGGAGGCUUUUGAAGCUGCUCUGAUAGACAGAGCUGAGGAUCUACAGGCUGAGUUAGAGAGAAGAUACCAAGCAGAAUUGAUCGAAGAGUAA